AUGGCUGAUGAUGAUGAUGAGCAAUGGUCUUCCUCGGGAGCGGGUGGUGGGGCUGGCCGCAUGUCCUCUGGCGAUGCUGUGGAGAACAGGCAGCUGACCCUGGACCUGCAGACGGAGAACAAAGGCAGCGUUGUCUCCGGCGGAGAGCUGACGAUUUUCCUGGACGGGCCUGCUGUUGAUCUGGGAAGCCUGCCUAAUGGCAGCGCCGUGACAGAGGUCAGGGUCCCAGCUGCCUGGACGGGACCCCAGCAGCACAGCUGCAGCCACGGAGGGCAGACACCAGCCUCCCAGUACAAACUGCUUUGGAAGCAGACCAAGCGGGUGCUGUGGACGUCGAAGAGGAAAGGCCGGCGGCACGCCCCGCCGGCCCGGGCAGCAGUGCCAGCCCUGGAUGCUCUGCCCCCUGGGUGGGAACAGCGAGAGCUGCCUAAUGGUAGAGUCUACUAUGUAGACCAUAACAACAAGACCACCACGUGGGAGAGACCUCUUCCUCCAGGGUGGGAGAAGCGCGUGGAUCCUCGAGGCAGGUAUUACUACGUGGACCACAACACCAGGACCACCACGUGGCAGCGCCCAACGGCUGAGUAUGUCAGGAACUACGAGCAGUGGCAGUCCCAGCGAAACCAGCUGCAAGGAGCCAUGCAGCAGUUCAGCCAAAGAUUCCUGUACCAGUCAUCCGGCGCCCCGUCUGACAAUGAUCCUCUCGGUCCCCUUCCUCCUGGCUGGGGGGUAGCCAGCCUGCGGGCAGAGCGGGGAGGGUGCCUGCCGUUUCGGAAGGUCCGUGCGAUGGGCUACGGUGUGCCUGGACCUGACCCUGCCCCGGGACCGAGCGGGCCGCGGCGCUGGGGAGCCAAAAGCACUGAGAACCGCAGGCAGCGCUGGAGCCCGGGAGGGCUGGACACUGCAAGCCUUGGCAUCGCGGGGCAGCUCUCCGGCUUGCGGGGGUGGAGGGUAGAGAUGAGGAGGAUGAUCCAGGAGCCGCCGCUGCCGCCGGGCUGGGAGAUGAAGUACACGAACGAGGGCGUGCGCUACUUCGUGGACCACAACACUCGCACCACCACCUUCAAGGACCCGCGCCCCGGAUUCGAGUCGGGGCAUGGGCGAGGAGGGCCGCUGUGCCAGCCCGCGUAAAGCCUCGUGUCUCUGCCUUGCUCGUAGUCGAACGCGUUGCCCAGCCACGUGAAGAUCAGCGUUUCCCGACAGACGCUUUUUGAGGACUCCUUCCAGCAGAUCAUGAACAUGAAGCCGUACGACCUGCGCCGCCGCCUGUACAUCAUCAUGCGAGGAGAGGAGGGCCUGGACUAUGGCGGCAUCGCUAGGGAGUGGUUCUUCCUCCUGUCCCACGAGGUGCUCAACCCCAUGUACUGCCUCUUCGAGUACGCUGGCAAGAACAACUACUGCCUGCAGAUCAACCCGGCCUCCUCCAUCAACCCCGACCACCUCACCUACUUCCGCUUCAUCGGCCGCUUCAUCGCCAUGGCUCUCUAUCACGGGAAGUUCAUCGAUACCGGCUUCACGCUGCCCUUCUACAAGCGGAUGCUGAACAAGCGGCCCACGCUGAAGGAUUUGGAAUCCAUCGACCCGGAGUUUUACAACUCCAUUGUCUGGACCAAGGAGAACAGCCUGGAGGAGUGCGGCCUGGAGCUGUACUUCAUCCAGGACAUGGAGAUCCUGGGCAAGGUGACCACCCACGAGCUGAAGGAGGGCGGCGAGAGCAUCCGGGUGACGGAAGAGAACAAGGAGGAGUACAUCAUGGUGGUUCUGGGGUGGGAACAUGGGGCUUGGGACGUGGCCUCUUCCCUCGGCUACGUGGCCUGUGACAAGUAUGGGCUGGCGCGGUCGGCCGAGCUCCGCUGUGGCAGCAAAAGGCCCCAGAAAUUCUGCAUUGAUAAAGUUGGCAAAGAGACGUGGCUGCCUCGGAGCCAUACAUGGUAA